AUGAAAGUACCUCUUCAUAUACCUGUUUUACUUGACCAUGUUCUGAAAAUUUUAUGUCGUAAUGAAAAACAAAUAUUCUUGGAUUUAACCUUCGGUGCAGGUGGUCAUACAAAAGGUCUUUUAAAUCGAAAUGAAAAAUCAAUAGUUUAUGCUCUUGAUCGUGAUCAAAAUGCAAUUGAAUUAGCUUAUGAAAUGGCUAAAGAAUAUCCAAAUCGAUUAUUUCCAUUUCAUGGUCAAUUUAGUGAAUUAAAACAAAUAUUUAAAAAUAAAGAAAAUUUUUUUGAUGGAAUUCUAUUAGAUGCUGGUACAAGUACAAUGCAAUUAAAUGAUCCAAAACGUGGUUUUAGUUUUCGGCAUGAAGGCCCAUUAGAUAUGAGAAUGAAUAGUAAAUUAAAAUCAAUUACUGCUUAUGAUCUUGUCAAUAAAUUAGAUGAAGCAACAUUAAGUCGACUUAUUCGUUUAUAUGGUGAAGAUCAACGUCAUCGAAAAAUUGCUCGAUGUAUUUAUCAAUGGCGUUCUACAUUUGGUCCAAUUUCAACAACAAUACAAUUGGCUAGUAUAAUUAAAAUAGGUCUAGGAGGAAGUGCAUCAGAUGUUGAUAAACUAAAUCGUCCAAUUCAUCCAGCAACAAAAACAUUUCAAGCAUUAAGAAUUGUUGUUAAUGAUGAACUUAAUGAACUUUAUAAUGGUCUUGAACAAGCUUAUACACUACUCAAACCAGAUGGUAUAUUAUUAUGUAUUAGUUUUCAUUCAUUAGAAGAUCGUAUAAUAAAACGACAUUUUCAAGGUAUUGUUUUACAUUCUGAUGAAUUUUCAUUAAAUUUUGAUGACAAAUUAUUAAAUACUCAAGCUGAAAAACAAAUACGAUAUGAUAUACAAACAAAACAUAUUAUUGAAGCAGAUGAUAAUGAACUUGAUGAAAAUCCAAAAUCUCGAUCAGCUAAAUUACGAUAUGGAAUAAAACUUUGA